GGGGGGUGGAGGCACGGGACAGGGUUCCUCAGACUGAGUGGUCACCCCUCUGGGACAAGUCGCUGUCUGGACCGAUUGCCAGCUCGGUCAGCAGAGAUGGGCGAGCCCGUGGCGGAACCCGUCGCCCCGACGACGGUCGGCGAGGAGAUUCCAGAAGAGAUGAAACAGCAGCUUGCCAGUAAGAACGGCAAGGCGGCAGAGUCGGCCGGCGGCAGCUCCUUCUUCACCUGGUUCAUGGUUCUGGCACUGCUGGGAGUCUGGACCUCCGUGGCGGUCGUCUACUUCGACCUGGUCGACUACCAGGGCGUCCUCGCCAAAGCUAAGGACUUGCGUAUUAACCUCUCAGAAGCUAUACAAGGUAAACUUGUUUCCUACGAUACGGACGGAGAUGGUGACUUCGAUGUGGAGGACGCUAAAGUUCUGCUAGAACGUUCUUUAACCGGAUUGAGGAAAGCAGAGAGGCUUGCUAAACCCAGAGAUGAGAAGCCUGGCGAUGUUGUCAGGAAGCAAGGAAAGAAAGAGAACCCCCUGACCAAAGACGUGGGCUGGAAGCUACGUGAGGCUCUGAAGCAGCAGCUGGCGCUCAUCCACGAGCGCGUGGAGGCCAAGAAGAUCGCCAAGCUGGCGCUGGCGGAGGUGAGGAACAUCCUGGAGAAGGAGGACGAGGAGAAGGCUCUGGGGUUGAGGAGGGACGAGGCAGCGGCCAGGGCGAAGGAGAAGGUGGUGGCCAGGCUGAAAGAGGAGGAGGAGAAGAUAGAGAAGGAGGAGAUGGAGAAGGCGAUGGAGAGAUUGAAGAGGGAGAAGGAGGGGGUGGUGAAGGAGGAGGAGGAGAAGGCAGGGGGUGAGGAGAAGGAGAAAGAGGGCAAGAAAGCGAAAAGGGGAGGAGAGAAGAAGGGAGGGAAAGAUGGAGAGGGGGAUGGGAAGAAAGGGGAGAAAGACGACAAAACAAAAAGUAAAGAACUUCUCAAAGCGGCGAAAAAAUCCAAGUCUGACAAGGCAGGCAAGAAGUGAUAUCACAACCAACCAUGCUGAUGAUGUCAUAGAAGGACUUCCCCUCCCCCCCUCACCCAUUUGGCGACCCAAGGAACACAUGAAGACGGAAGCGUCAGUGAGUUUAGCUGCUGUUGUCCUCGAGAGACAAACUGGAACCAUUUAGGCUCCGUUUGAAGCAGCUCCCACGCAGUCGUCAAAGUUAACCUUUGACCCGAUCUGACGCUUCCUCCUCUGAUGCGUUCCUUGAGGUGACCCAGGAAGUUAAAAAGCUGUCAGCCCCCCCUCCCCCCCUCCCCCCUUCCCAGCGUGGGGUCUCCUGGGAGCCCCUGCCUCCCGGCGAAGGAAGCGCCCCUUCAGCAGUGGUGAUCAGCUCAGAGUGUAGAGAAAGCUUAGCGUUGUGUUGUUGUCACUUCCUGUUUUGACGAAAGUCAUCUGACCUCUAAACAAACAAGGGCUGGGGGGAGGAUCUCACAACCAGGUGCUGUAAUCUUAGAACUACAGGUGUGUUUUGUUGUUCUCCUUGGGCUGAGUUUGAGAAUAGAUUUUGAUUUAGAGUAGAGAGGACUUUGGCUUUUAGUCUUUCGACCAGAACCUGAUGACUGCACAGAUUUUUACUUAGAGCGACAAAAACAAACUCAGCAAGCAGAAGUGAUCAAACCUCUCUCUGUCUUCUCCUGUGUUAUUGUGUUCUUUGUUAAUAAAGUUGCUGGAUCCUUAAA